AUGAACAGGAACUUCAAGUUUAUGUUAGAAAGAGGAGGAAACCGAUUGAGCAUAUGGAGGAAACCGACUGAGCAUAUGGAGCACACUACACAAAUUAGGCAAGGUCAAAAACUGGAACCAGUUCCUCUUGCUUCAGAAAUUUGUACAGGUAUGGAUCCAUCAAAUCAUGAGGUUACUAGUCCUAUUGUUGAUAAUUCUGACUUGCCUAUCGCAAGGAAAAGUGUUCCAAACUCUAUUCAAGAAGCUCUAAGAAUUCCAGCAUGGAAACCAACAGUGGCAGAAGAACUCAGGGCACUAGAAAGCAAUGGUACUUGGACACUUUCAAAGCUUCCUCAUAGGAAGAAACCAGUGGGGUGCAAGUGGAUAUUACGGUUAAGUACUAGGCAGAUGGGAGAAUUGAGAGUGAAUCAAGACUGGCCACUACACCAACUUGAUGUCAAGAAUACGUUCCUAAAUGGCAAUCUAGAAGAAAAAGUAUACGUUGAAGUACCUCCGGCAUUAGAGAAUUCCUCCGACAGUCGAAUGAUGACACCAGGGCAUGGAUUGUUCAAGAAAUGUGAAAACCGAGAGAUAGAGAUCUACACAGAUGCAAGCUGGAUUGGAGAGUUGACUGACAAAAGAUAUACAACUGGCUAUUGCAUCUGUGAGGGAAUGUGGCUUCAAAGAUUGCUUAGCGAACUUGAAGCCAUCACAGAAUACACUACAAGAAUGCUUUUAGAUAGCCGAGCUGCUAUCAUUAUUGCUAAAACUCCAAUUCAUCAUGAUAGGGCAAAACACAUUGAGAUAGAUAGACAUUUUAUCUCUGAGAAGGUCAACAAUGAGAUAGUUCAACUGACCUACAUUCCUACAAGUUUGCAUUCAGCUGAAAUCUUCACCAAAGCUCUUCCAAGGACCAGUUUCGAAGAAUUCCGCUCCGAGCUGGGGUUGUAUAACAUAUACAACCCAGCUUAA